AGUCUCCUCCCCGAGGUGCCGGUGGCAGGGCCGCCACUCCCUCCGGCUCCCUCCCUCGACUGCGCGCAUCUCAUACCAGCCUUCAUUCCGCACAUUCCAGGCGUCCUCCUGGCAAACUUGAAGCCAGGGGGUGGGGAGGGCCGCAGCUCCCGGUUCCGUCGCCCGCCGCCGCCGCAUCCCGGUCAGGUCGCAAUGAGCUGAUUGCCCGUUACAUCAAGCUCCGGACAGGGAAGACCCGCACCAGGAAGCAGGUCUCCAGUCACAUCCAGGUGCUGGCUCGUCGCAAAGCCCGCGAGAUCCAGGCCAAGCUCAAGGAUCAGGCAGCUAAGGACAAGGCCCUGCAGAGCAUGGCUGCCAUGUCGUCCGCCCAGAUCAUCUCGGCCACAGCUUUCCACAAUAAAAUGGCCCUCGCCCGGGGCCCAGGCUACCCAGCAGUCUCAGGGUUUUGGCAAGGAGCUUUGCCAGGCCAAGCUGGAACAUCCCAUGAUGUGAAACCCUUCUCUCAACAAACCUAUACUGUCCAGCCUCCACUGCCUCUGCCAGGGUUUGAGUCUCCUGCAGGACCCACCCCAUCGCCCUCAGCACCCCCAGCACCCCCGUGGCAGGGCCGCAGUGUGGCCAGCUCCAAGCUCUGGAUGUUGGAGUUCUCUGCCUUCCUGGAGCAGCAGCAGGACCCAGACACGUACAACAAGCAUCUGUUCGUGCACAUCGGCCAGUCCAGCCCCAGCUACAGCGACCCCUACCUCGAAGCCGUGGACAUCCGCCAGAUCUACGACAAGUUCCCAGAGAAGAAGGGCGGGCUCAAGGAGCUCUUUGAACGGGGACCCUCCAAUGCCUUUUUUCUCGUGAAGUUCUGGGCAGACCUCAACACCAACAUCGAGGACGAGGGCAGUUCCUUCUAUGGAGUCUCCAGCCAGUAUGAGAGUCCCGAGAACAUGAUCAUCACCUGUUCUACCAAGGUCUGCUCAUUCGGCAAGCAGGUGGUGGAGAAAGUUGAGACAGAGUAUGCUCGUUAUGAGAAUGGCCACUACUCAUACCGCAUCCACCGGUCCCCACUCUGCGAAUACAUGAUCAACUUCAUCCACAAGCUGAAGCAUCUGCCCGAGAAGUACAUGAUGAACAGCGUGCUGGAGAACUUCACCAUCCUGCAGGUAGUCACCAACAGAGACACACAGGAGACCCUGCUGUGCAUCGCAUAUGUGUUUGAGGUGUCGGCCAGCGAGCAUGGGGCUCAACACCACAUCUACCGGCUGGUGAAAGAAUGAGAGACUCAGGGAGCAGGGAGGGGGGUAGACGUGUGUGCAGGAAAUGGGGACAUGGGGAGGGGACCUGCAGGGACAUCCCCCUGAAGUGCUAAGUGAGCUGAGCAGAGUGGUCAUGAUUCUUCCUGGCAGAAAGAAACAGUGCCUGAUCCUGCAAUGCCCAUCCCCAAAUAAACCCAAGAUGUGUAUUUUCAGAGGAGCUGGUGUAGCUGAAUGAGCCCUGGGAGGGACUGGGGGAGAGGGGCUGUCUGGGAGGCAGACUGGACACAGGGCCCACAGUGGCCCCAGCCUGGAGCAUCUCCAGGUGCCGAAGCUCAAGUCCUGAUGCUGCUCGAGCCCCUCGUCUGUUUCUCCUGUUGCUGCUGGCCCCAACGAGAGGCCCAAGGGUCCAUGGGCCCUGGGCCAUGCACCCUCAGCUUCUUGUACAUGACUGCACCUGGGUGUCCUGCCACUGCCGCUGACAGCUAGCACCAGGCCCCGUCUACCAGAGCUUGGAGUUUAGGUGUGGAGGUGAUAAUAGUUGUUGGAAGAUGACAUGGUCAGGCCAUCUAGAUUUCAACAUCCAAAUGAAGGCAGGGGCAGAGGGGGGGGGUGGCCAGGCUGAAGCCGGGUGGAGGCAUUUGGAUGAUUGACAUCAGAAGCCUCCAUAUGCAUGGUGGUGAAGGGCCAGAGUUGGUCCAGUAACCAUCGCAGCCCUGUGGUCUCUGUGAUCCUUCCAGUUCUGAUGGUCUGUAAGUCCUGCCUCAAACUCCCAUUUGGGGGGCAUCUUAUAUGGUAACCUCCUUGGAACCAGCCUUCCUCCCCGGGAGUUUCUGUGCCCCUUGGGGCUGGGGUGGAGGGUAGUGGAACCCAUUCAGCCUAGAGGUACCCCACUGUGGGGUUCCCUGGCUCAUCUCCGAACUGGCAGGGACUUUGGGUGUAGGCAGACCUGGCUUAGUCCUAGCUUUCCUGCUGCCUGACAUUAGCAAAUUUCUCAACCCAUCUGAGCCCCAAUCUCCUUUCCUCCUUGCGAAGUGGGAAAGCAACAGCACUUAUCUACAAAGCCCUUUGAGAGGAGGAGAGGGGAUGUCUGUAAAGUGCCUAGUACAAGCUGCACCAAAAUGCUUAAUUGUAAUUAGCUCUUUCUCUGCCGGCCCUAGGGAGAGCCUGGGCCUGGCUCUUUGCUGCCACCUAGUGGCUCUGUGGUAUUAUCUUCCCUAAUAGGAACCACAGUUCUAGUAGCCUGCAGCUGAACAGUCAUGUUUACUGUAUGCCCAGUGCUCAGGGAGAAUUCUAUGGGAAUACAAAAAUGAUAACAGCAGAAUCAAGGAGAUGUUGUGGUGUGGUGUUUCAGAGCAAGGGCUCUGGAGUCAGACUAGCUGCUGACUUUGACCUUGGUGCAAGUUCAUUAAUUUCCCUAUGCCUCAGUUUCCCCAUCUGUCAAAUGGGUGUAAUAAUAAUAACCUACCUCGUAUAUAUAAGUGCCUACCAUAGUCUGAGCAUAUCCAUGUGUUCAAUAAAUAUGCAUUGCUGUUACCUGUAGGAGCCUGUGGUCUGAAGAGUCAGACUGGGAAGCCAUCUGCAGUGGGCUGAUCCCUGAAGCAACUGGUGAUCAGAGAUAACAGAGAUCAGGGUGUGGAAGAUUUAAAGAAGUGGUGCUUGAGGAGAGCUGGCCCUUGAAGGAUGGGCAGUAUUUAUUUUAUUUUUAUAACUAUUUUUCUGCAGUGCUAGGGAUCAAACCAGGACUUUGGGCAUGCUAGACAAGCACUCUACCACUGAGCUACAUCCCCAGCAUUAUUUAGAUAAGCAAAUGGGAGGAAGCUGGACGUCAUCCCAGAGAAGCAAGCCACUUGAUUUCCCUCUACCCCUCUAUCUUUUCAUCAAAAAGCAGUUUAAACCCCUCUGGUAUCAGGAUCCCAGGCAGACCAGCCUCCACAACUUAGUGAGACCCUGUCUCAAAAUUUUAAAAAAAGGAGGAGGAUGGGCAGCUAAGGACUGCAUCCCUGGGCAGAUGGUGUGUGCACCUAUGUCCCAGUGCGGGUGGGUAUUUGCAGAAGGCUCUCCUGACCCCUCUCCUAGUCACCACCACAGCUCUUGACCUCUCCUCCCUGACCCAGGCUGCUUGGAUGUGGAGGCCCAAGAUGCUCCCCCUCCUAGUUUGACUGACAGCUGCAACGCCAUGCAGCUUCAGACCAAGGCUGGUGUUGUGUGGCAAGCUGCUUGGCUGUGGACAAAUUAAAGACAAACCCCUGUGUCAAGGAGGAAAGGAGGGCGGGGCUAACACUCUGCUGCCACCUAGUGGCUGCCUCCUAGCCCAUGUGUUGGUUGUAAGUUUCCCUUUCCCUUUAUGAACUGAACUCAGCUGCCCAACGGAGAGUUGCCUUCUGAUAGGUGGACAUUCCAAAUGGCUCACCAUAGGAGGUGGCAGGUAUAGCUGCCUCUCUUUUCCCGGGUGACUAUGACCCUUGGGGCCAAUGGCAAACAGGAUCUGCUCUACCAAUCCUGCAGCCUCUAAUAGCUCCAGGCACCCUCCCUGACUUACUGACUCUGCAGAGCACGCUGCCCCCCACAGACGGCCAUGGCCAGUAGUGCUCUUCCCCUCCUUUCCCACUAGCCACCCGUGAUUCAUUUUACCAAAAUGAAUGAGGCCGGACACGGUGGUGCACUUUUUGUAACCACCAACUCAAGAGGCUUAGGCAGGAGGGUAGCAAGUUUGAGGCCAGUCUCCACAACUUAGUGAGACCCUGUCUCAACA